AUGAGUGAUACGCCUGUUACUCCAGAGUCCAGCUCAAGGCCCAGGACCACACGCUCCACUAGACGACUCAUUGAUAGGAUGACCACUCAUUAUGAGGAGGCUCCUGACUUGCAAGAUGAGGCUGAGGUCAGUUUUCGCCAGAGUAUGGAAUUUGAUGAUGAGACAAUGGAGGAGCUUCAGGACAAAGGAAAGCAGAGUCAACAUCCAUCUGCAGAAUCUGUUCAUUCCAACCCAUUGAAUCCUCCACCAUCCCCCACCCCCGGAAUGCUGACUUUUAACAGUGAUCUGAAUCAACCUAUCUAUUGCACCGCAGGCAAUCUUAUGGAUCUUAUGCAGAUGAUGCUACAGAACCAGAUGGCUGCGGCUGAAACCACUCAACAUCUCACUACACCUGUCCCUGCACAAAGAGACACUACAAGAGAUGAGUUGCGGGAAUACCAGAAGGAAGUCAAAUAUGUACUAGACAUCAAAUCAGUGAUCACAUUUGAUGGCUCUAAUUAUGAAGCCUGGCGUGUUGGUAUGUUGGCUGAUGCGGAAGUUAUUGGUGGAACUGACAUCCUAUUGAGGACCCAACGAGAAUCCCCUUUUACAUGUCAUAUCGACUCCGAGAAGUGGAGGAUCCGUUCCAAGUCUCUAUAUAGGUUCAAGGAGAAUGAUUAUCUUACUUUCCAGAGAUGUUUUUGCUAUCUUGUCGCCCGUCACAAGGAGCUCUGUCAGAGCACUGAGGAUGUAUACCAUGAUCUUUUCCUCAACAACCUGCAAGACUACCAAAGACCGUUUGUCAAGACACGUUUGGAUGAGUUUUUCUCCACUGGCCAGGGACCCAUUGUCAACAUUGAUAUUGAUGAUUUGAUGAAGCAACUGACCAAUUGUACAUCCAAGAAGAUCACCACCGAGCGGAAAAAGCAGCCUCAGGCCGAUUCUGUGACUGCGAAAAAGGACAAGGACAAAGAUAAGGACAAAGAUGAGGACAAAAGCACACCUGUAUGGAAGUGCACUCACUGCAGGAGACAUGGACAUACCUUCAACUAUCCUACAAUUUUGACCUCCUAA